GGGACACGAUGGAUGUGGUCUCCAAAUGAAGCUCUUAGUCGUCCUUCUCGUUUCAUCGGUCUUUCUAUCAACGUCUGCACUCCCACCCCCCUCACUGCGCCGCUCCUCCCUUCCCUCGCCGCGAACCAUGACCGUCCCUGUGCGGCGCACCGCCCCGACCAAACAACCGUCCACGGCCACCCCUGUUCCAGCGGACGAUCAGAAAUGCUCUUCCCCACCGCCUCCAACGCCGACGGGGCAGGUCGCGGCUCACUACGUGAUAGAGGCCUUCCGCCCCUGGUCGCUCAGCCCGACGUUGUGCACGUCUGCUCUGGGUGCUGCGGUGGCGUGGCGCUCGGAGGACAUGUUCAGCCUGCCGGUGUUUCUGCUGCAGUUGGCCGUGUGUGUGGGGCUGCAGAGCGUUGCCAACCUGCUGAACACGUACUUCGACCACAAGAAGGGCUUCGACACCAGGGAGCACAACGCCGACCCGACGCUCGCUGAGGAUAGGCUCACUGUCAAACAGGUGUGGAUCGCGAUAGGAUGGAGGGAGGAAUGCAACACACAUAGCCUGCCUGGUUGUCUGUGUGUGUGUGUCUGUGUGUGUGUGUCAGGUUCUCAUCCUGAUGGCUGGCUCGUGGUUGGUCAGCGGCAUUGCCGGCGUGCAGCUGGCCCGCCUGGCGCCGGCAGGAGUGGACCCCCUCACCCUGCUGCUCUUCAUCGCCGGAGGGGCCUUGAUCGCGUCCAUCUAUUCGGCCCCUCCUGGCCUCAAGUACAUUGGCCUGGGCGACGUGGGUGUGUUCGCCGCCUGGAGCCUCCAGACCCUCUUCUCAUUCUUCGUGCAGGUCUGUCUGUCUGUCUGUCUGUCUGUCUGUCACAACGAGAGAACGAAAGGCACAGCGUCAGGAUGGGUGUCAGUCAGGUGAUAUGGAUGGAUGGUUUUGGGGUGUCUGUGGUGCGUUGGUUUGGUGUGUCAGACGGGCAAGCUGUCGCUGCUGCCUAUUUGGCGUGCACUGCCUCUGGUCCUGCACACGGUGGCCAUCCUCCACGCCAACAACACGCGGGACAUCAACAACGAUCUCAGUAAAGAGGGAUGCGCACACAGAACACACACCCGACCGACACCCAUCACACGACUCCACAUCACAUCACAUCACACCACACAGCCUUGUCGGGCUGUCUUGUCUUGUGUUGUGUUGUGUUGUGUUGUGUGCAGAUGCGGGCGGGAGGACGUUGGCGGCGGUGGUUGGCUUAGACGCGUCGGUGUGGCUGUACAAGGCGCUGGUGAUCGUGCCUUACGGACUGGCGAUGGUCCGGGUACUGAUGACCAACCUCUGGUACGCCCUGCCACUCAUCACUAUGCCCAUCGCCAAGGGACUCGUCAAAAGGUAUCCAUCCAUCCAGCCAUCCAUGACGACACACACGCACAUGUCAUGUUGGUGUGUGUACGUGCGUGUGUAGGUUUGAGGGUCGUCACUUCAAGAGUGGUGUUGUGGAGGACACGGCCAAGAUGCAGCUGCUGUUCGGCGCCCUCACCUGCAUAGCCGAGGCCAACAAGCCUAUGAUACCCCUACACGCCGUCGUCAUAGUCGUCAUGAAACAAAUGGCCGAACGGAUGGUCGAGAAGCAGCAGCAGUGACGGGACGGCCGGUGUGAUGUGUGUCACUCACGUCACUCACGUGUGUGUACGGGCUGGCUGGCUGCACUCACUGCAUGUCAUGUGAUGUGAUUGGGUGGGUUGAGGGGUCCUCUCGUGUGGUUCGUGUGGUUUGUCUGGUGGUUAGUUCUCAUGCAGCAGCCGAUGCUCUCUUUUAUCGCUCAUGCCAAUGGUCAGGUGGGUGCGGUGCAUUGAGGGCUCUGUCAAUCGAGAUGAGCAUAGCAUGGUGUGAGUGAUGUAUGUGGGCCUGGCGUGUGUGUCACUGCGUUCUUGCCGGUGAGCACAAUUGUGUGCGUGUGUGUGUGUGGUGGAGACAGGAUCUGUCUGCCUGUAUCUAUAAUAUGCGGGAACGAACACGGUAAUCGUUGGUUGCAAUGAGUCCC